UUUCAUAGUUUCAUUAUAUAUUGGCCGGCCAAUAUUAUAAUUAGAGGUGCACAAUGCUGGUUUUGUUUAAAUUCUCGGUUCUGUAACCUCAUUACCAAUUAAUAUGGGGAUUUUUGGCAAGAAAGCAGCAUCUGGAUUCUCUGCCUCUUCCACAGCAGAACAAGUUACUCAAGGAAUUGAUGGAACUGGUCUUACUGCCAUUGUUACAGGAGCCACAAAUGGUAUUGGCCUAGAGACGGCGCGUGUUCUUGCAUUGCGUGGUGUUCAUGUAGUAAUGGCAGUAAGGAACAUGGAUGCCGGUACCAAUGUCAAAGAAGCAAUCCUCAAAGAAAUCCCGGAUGCAAAAAUUGAUGUUAUGGAGUUAGAUCUCAGCUCAUUGGCAUCUGUCAGAAAAUUUGGAGCAGAGUUUGAUUCCAGAGGCCUUCCCUUGAAUAUCCUUAUUAACAAUGCAGGGGUUAUGGCAGAUAAGUUCAAGCUAUCACAAGACAACAUAGAACUCAAUUUUGCGACCAACCAUUUAGGUCAUUUUCUUCUCACAAAUCUGUUGUUGGAGAACAUGAAACACACAUCAAGAGAAAGCGGCAUAGAGGGGAGAAUUGUUAAUGUAUCAUCUCUUGGCCAUACAUAUGUAUACAAUGAAGGAAUUCGUUUCGAUAGUUUCAAUGAUGAAUCGAGAUACAACAAGUAUGUUGCAUAUGGAGAAUCGAAGCUGGCUAAUAUACUGCAUGCUAAUGAGCUUACAACGCUCUUCAAGGAAGAAGGAAUUGAGAUGACUGCUAAUUCUCUUCAUCCUGGAGCAAUUCACACGAAUAUUAUACGCAAUGAUAUGUUUUUAAAGUGUCUUCUCAGUGUGUUGGGUAUAUUUGUGGCCAAAACUACUCAGCAGGGAGCGGCAACCACAUGCUUUGUGGCACUGAAUCCACAAGUGAAGGGAGUAAGCGGAGAAUACUUUGUGGACUGUAACAUUGCCAAACCGAGCUCUCAGGCCAAAGAUGCAGAUUUGGCUAGGAGACUCUGGAUUUUUAGCUCGAAUUUGACCAAUCUCAAGUAGCAUACAGGUUCUAAUGUCUGUUGCAUCACUGCUUAUGAAAAUCAAUUGGCAACUCACGUGUAUCAUAGUUGUAAUUUGAAAUAGUGGUCAAAAAUCUGUUUUUGCCAAAGGCAUUGUUCCAUAGUAUAA